AUGAGACGAAUCAUCAUCUCCUACAUUGUCCCACUCCUUCUCCUCCUCGCCAUCGAAACCCACGCGCACAACGUCACGCGCCUCCUAGCAAGCCACCCUUCUUUCUCCUCCUUCAACCAUUUCCUAACCCAGACUCACCUCGCCGACGAAAUCAACCGGAGAACAACCAUAACCGUCUGCGCCGUCGACAACUCCGUCAUGUCCGCCUUGACCUCCAAAGGCUACACAAUCUCCACUCUCAAAAACAUCCUCUCCCUCCACGUCCUCCUCGAUUACUUCGACGCCAAAAAACUCCACCAGAUCCGCGACGGCUCCGCCCUCGCCGCCACUCUCUUCCAAGCCACCGGAGCAGCUCCCGGAACCACCGGAUUCGUCAAUAUCACGGAUCUGAAAGGCGGCAAGGUCGGAUUCGGCCCCGACGGUGGAGAUCCGUCUUCUUUCUUCGUCAAACCCAUAGAAGCGGUUCCGUACAACAUCUCCAUUAUCCAGAUCAACAAAGUCUUGCCGUCGGAGACAGCGUCGGCUCCUACUCCGGCCCCGGCGGAGAUGAAUAUCACCGGAAUAAUGUCGGCUCACGGCUGCAAAGUCUUCGCCGAGGCUCUCCUCGCUAACCCCGGAGCUACAAAAACCUACCAGGAGAGUGUAGAAGGAGGCAUGACAGUGUUCUGUCCAGGAGACGACGCCAUGAAAGGAUUCUUGCCCAAAUACAAGAACUUGACAGCUCCAAAGAAAGAAGCUUUCCUCGACUUCCUCGCCGUCCCGACGUAUUACUCAAUGGCGAUGCUCAAAUCCAACAACGGUCCCAUGAACACGCUCGCUACCGACGGAGCCAACAAGUACGAGCUCACUGUGCAGAACGAUGGAGAGAAAGUCACGAUCAGGACAAGAAUCAACACUGUCAAGAUCAUUGAUACACUGAUCGACGAUCAGCCUUUGGCUAUUUACGCGACGGAUAAGGUUUUGUUGCCGAGAGAGCUGUUUAAGGCUUCGGCUGUUGAAGCUCCGGCUCCUGCUCCAGCGCCAGAAGACGGUGAUGUUGCGGAUUCUCCAAAACCGGCUAAAGGGAAAGCGAAAGGGAAGAAGAAGAAGGCUGCACCGUCGCCGGAUUCGGAUUCUUAUGAUGAGUCGGAUUCCCCUGCGGAAGGGCCUGAUGGGGAUGCGGAUGAUGCGACCGCAGAUGAGGCCGGUGCGGUUAGGAUCAUCGGAGGAGCUAAGGCUGGCUUGGUGGUGAGCUUGAUCUGCUUGUUUGCUUCUAGUUCUUGGCUUCUAUAG